GCACGUAAGGAAAUGAACCCGCUUCACCGCGCUCAGCCAGACACCGCCAGCCACGCGGCCUGGUGGGGCCGGCCACCCAGGAAAGGCCUUGGGGACCCUUCUGCUUCGCGAACUCGUUUCCCGCCGGCCCGAAUGCUGCCUUCGCGCGGAAACCAGCUUCCUGGGGUUUCCCGCCGCUGGGCCGAGGUGGCGACCUUAGGCCUGCAGACUGCGGGGCCGGCUGGGAUCGCCCUCUACGGGCCCGCUGCGCUCACAACCGGACCUCGGGCCACGGAGGCGUUGGUGCCGCCGCCCGGAGGGCCUCUCGCGGUUUCCGUUUGUGGACCUUCCGGGGCCACUCUCUACCAGCUGGCUGUCCUGGAGUUCAAGGGCAGAGAGUACAUCAAUGGGGUCAGUGCUCUCAGGCUUCCAACUGAGUUUGGCCAGUGGGGAGGAAGCACAGACAGGAAACUGCAGGAUGGGAAGAGAGGGAGCUGCUUAUCUAUUGGAUAUCUCACCAAGAAGUGCCUCAAGGGAUGAGUGGAGAUGAAACCACAAUAAAGAUUCUUGCCCAUGUUUUCCGCUCACUCCUUCUGCCUCCUGAUUGACCGUGAUGCUUCCCUGUGUGACUACAUGUUUGUCCUGCCCCUCGUCUUUGGAGCUGUACAUUUUCAUCUGAUUGGAAAACUGUUGGAGAGCGACCCUCGCUCCCACCUUCCCAGAGCCCAGACCGAGGGCCAGGCAGGGGAGGAAGGAGCGCUCCCGCCCAUCCCCGCCGGCGCCUCGUUGACGUCACUGCUUCGAGCCGCAGACCCCCGCCCUCCUGCUCCGUCGCGGUCGCUUUGACAGAACGCGAUGGCGGCGUGCGGGUCUGCCGGAGUACCGGCGACCGUGUCGGGAAAGCAAGAGUUUUACCAGCUUCUGAAGAACCUCAUCAAUCCAAGCUGUAUGGUGCGGAGACAAGCAGAGGAAAUCUAUGAAAAUAUCCCAGGUCUGUGUAAGACUACAUUCCUCUUAGAUGCCGUCAGAAAUAGAAGAGCAGGUUAUGAGGUGAGACAAAUGGCUGCCGCCCUGCUACGACGGCUUUUGUCCUCUGGGUUUGAGGAAGUCUAUCCAAAUCUGCCUUCUGAUGUUCAGAGGGACGUCAAGAUUGAACUGAUACUGGCUGUUAAGUUAGAAACCCAUGCUAGUAUGAGGAAAAAACUUUGUGAUAUUUUUGCAGUGCUGGCCAGGAAUUUGAUAGAUGAGGAUGGCACUAACCACUGGCCCGAAGGUCUGAAGUUCCUUGUUGAUUCAAUCUACUCUAAAAAUGUGGUUCUGUGGGAAGUUGCACUUCACGUUUUCUGGCACUUUCCUGGGAUUUUUGGGACCCAAGAUCGGCACGAUUUGGAUAUCAUCAAACGGUUGUUGGACCAGUGUAUUCAAGAUCAAGAACAUCCAGCAAUCAGGACAUUAUCUGCUAGAGCUGCAGCUGCAUUUGUACUUGCUAAUGAGAAUAAUAUUGCUCUUUUCAAAGACUUUGCAGACUUGCUUCCUGGAAUCUUACAGGCUGUGAAUGAUUCAUGCUACCAGGAUGAUGAUUCAGUGCUAGAAUCCCUUGUUGAGAUUGCAGAUACUGUACCUAAAUAUUUGGGUCCUUAUUUAGAAGAUACUCUGCAAUUGAGUCUAAAGUUAUGUGGAGACUCUAGACUUAGUAAUCUGCAACGCCAGCUGGCUCUUGAAGUAAUAGUGACCUUGUCUGAAACUGCAACCCCAAUGUUGAAAAAACAUACAAAUAUUAUUGCACAGGCAGUUCCUCAUAUAUUGGCAAUGAUGGUCGAUCUACAAGAUGAUGAGGACUGGGUAAAUGCUGAUGAAAUGGAAGAAGAUGAUUUUGACAGCAAUGCAGUUGCUGCUGAGAGUGCACUAGACAGACUGGCUUGUGGGCUCGGUGGAAAACUUGUUUUACCAAUGACUAAGGAGCAUAUCAUGCAGAUGCUUCAGAGCCCUGACUGGAAAUAUCGACAUGCUGGAUUAAUGGCCUUAUCUGCUAUUGGAGAAGGAUGCCAUCAGCAAAUGGAAUCAAUUCUAGACGAAACAGUUAACUCUGUUUUGCUUUUUCUUCAGGAUCCUCAUCCAAGGGUGAGGGCUGCAGCCUGUACUACACUUGGACAGAUGGCUACAGAUUUUGCACCUAACUUCCAAAAGAAAUUCCAUGAAACGGUGAUUGCAGCUCUGUUGCGUACCAUGGAAAAUCAAGGUAAUCAGCGUGUGCAGUCACAUGCAGCUUCUGCGCUUAUUAUUUUUAUUGAAGACUGCCCCAAAUCAUUGCUAGUUCUAUAUUUGGAUAGUAUGGUGAGAAAUCUACAUUCCAUCUUGGUGAUUAAACUUCAAGAGUUGAUUCGCAAUGGAACUAAGUUGGCCUUGGAACAGCUUGUGACAGCCAUUGCCUCAGUUGCAGAUACAAUAGAAGAAAAAUUUGUUCCAUACUAUGAUAUAUUUAUGCCCUCACUAAAGCAGAUUGUUGAGCUUGCUGUUCAAAAGGAACUCAAACUUCUGAAAGGAAAAACUAUUGAAUGCAUUAGCCAUGUUGGUCUUGCUGUUGGGAAGGAAAAAUUUAUGCAAGAUGCAUCAAAUGUGAUGCAACUGUUGUUAAAAACACAAUCAGACUUAAAUAAUAUGGAAGAUGAUGACCCUCAGACCUCUUACAUCAUUUCAGCGUGGGCCAGAAUGUGUAAAAUUCUUGGAAAUGAUUUUCAACAGUACCUUCCACUGGUUAUUGAGCCUCUUAUUAAGACUGCUUCAGCUAAACCUGACGUUGCUCUCUUAGACACACAAGAUGUGGAGAAUAUGAGUGAUGAUGAUGGAUGGCAAUUUGUAAAUCUUGGAGACCAGCAGAGUUUUGGAAUUAAGACUUCAGGGCUUGAAGCAAAAGCAACUGCUUGCCAGAUGUUGGUUUAUUAUGCUAAGGAGUUAAGGGAAGGAUUCGUGGAAUACACAGAACAAGUUGUAAAACUGAUGGUUCCUUUACUGAAAUUUUAUUUCCAUGACAAUGUUCGAGUGGCAGCAGCAGAGUCCAUGCCUUUUCUCCUGGAAUGUGCAAGAAUUCAUGGCCCAGAGUAUCUUGCACAGAUGUGGCAUUUCAUAUGUGAUCCUUUAAUCAAGGCUAUUGGGACCGAACCUGAUACAGAUGUACUCUCAGAAAUAAUGAAUUCUUUUGCAAAGUCCAUUGAAGUAAUGGGAGAUGGGUGCCUCAAUGAUGAACAGUUGGAAGAACUGGGAGAAAUACUGAAAGCAAAACUUGAAGGGCACUUUAAAAACCAAGAACUGAGACAGGUUAAAAGACAGGAAGAAAACUAUGACCAACAGGUUGAAAUGUCUCUGCAAGAUGAGGAUGAAUGUGAUGUUUAUAUUCUGACCAAAGUAUCAGAUAUUUUGCACUCAUUAUUUAGUACUUACAAGGAAAAGAUUUUACCGUGGUUUGAACAGCUGCUUCCAUUAAUUGUAAAUCUAAUUUGUUCUAAUAGGCCAUGGCCAGACAGACAGUGGGGAUUGUGCAUAUUUGAUGAUAUCAUAGAACACUGUAGUCCAACCUCAUUUAAAUAUGUAGAAUAUUUUCGGUGGCCAAUGCUACUAAAUAUGCGAGACAACAACCCUGAAGUCAGGCAAGCGGCUGCUUAUGGCCUGGGUGUUAUGGCACAGUUUGGUGGAGAUGAUUAUCGUUCUUUAUGUUCAGAAGCUGUUCCGCUGCUGGUAAAAGUUAUUAAGUGUGCAAAUUCCAAAACCAAAAAAAAUGUCAUUGCUACAGAGAACUGUAUCUCAGCAGUAGGCAAGAUUUUGAGGUUUAAGCCUAACUGUGUAAAUGUAGAUGAAGUUCUUCCACAUUGGUUGUCAUGGCUUCCAUUGCAUGAGGAUAAAGAGGAAGCUAUUCAGACUUUGAGUUUUCUCUGUGACUUAAUUGAAAGUAACCACCCAGUUGUACUUGGUCCAAAUAAUUCCAAUCUUCCAAAAAUAAUCAGUGUAAUUGCAGAAGGAAAAAUGAAUGAGACUAUUAACUAUGAAGAUCCUUGUGCCAAACGCCUAGCUAAUGUCGUGCGUCAGGUACAGACUUCUGAAGAAUUAUGGUUGGAAUGCAUUUCCCAGCUUGAUGAUGAGCAGCAGGAAGCCUUACAGGAGUUGCUAAAUUUUGCCUGAAGCACCUUAAUAUUACUUGAAUAUCAUCCACCAUAAAAGUAACUCUGAACAAGUUUUGUGCGUGGAUUCCAUUAUGAUUGAGAGAACUGUUCUCUUCCUGCUAAGCAGUUUAUAUGCCUUCCCCAUGUUUCUCCAGGAUUAGUCAGUGUUAUAGCCUCUGUUUACCUUGCAUGUUUUAUCUCUUAAACACAGACCUUGGUGAUAACCUGUGCUUCUGUUGUCUUAAAAUGUUUGUCACCUUUCCUGUAGUUGAUGUAAAGUAUAUAAAUUGUUGCUAUUUGUCUGAAUUAUUGAUGCUGGGCAAGCAGUAUACUUGGUGUCAAGAUGUCAUGCUGCCUACCACAAGAUGCUAAGAGCUCACAAAGAUGGGAUAGGAGAACUUCCAGGACAAACAUCUUUGGAAUUGUGGGUGAAGAAUAUAGUGGCAUGCUUAUUCCUCCUUGAUAAUACUCCUAGUUAUCAUAGUAAUGGGAGGAUGCUGAAAUUGGAACAGAGAUUUGAGAUAUUACAAUGGAUGUGGGAAGUUUUCUCCAUAAUACAUAUGAACGUUUUAAUAAUGUCCUCCUGAGACUGAGAUAUAUCCAUAUUCUAGUUCCCAAAGUGUCCAGCUGAGAGUUAAAACUUUGAAGUCUUAGACCAGUCUCUUUUUUUUCAAGUUAUCCAGGACUCUAAGGACCAUGGUUACUGAAAAGCGCAUCCUGGUACAUCUAACAUUGGUAGCAUGUAACAUACUGUAACACAGUGUUUGACAAAUAGUAAAUAAUAUUUGUGGGAGUCAAUCAGUGUUAUGUAUUUGAGCAGAAUAUUGCAUUGUGUAUGUAUGCCAUUUUUUCCUGCAAAGCAGUUCAACAAGAAGAGAAGCCCUGAUUCAAAGUGGGGCUUAAAUAGAUUUCUAUUUUGGAGAAGUUCUUAAUAGAUUAUAUAGUAGCAUUAAAGAGAAUUCUAUUGUGAUCAUGAAAGGGAAGCAAAAUUAAUUUAAUCUUUAAACGAGAAAAAGAAAACAGCUUUGAGAAGUUAUUUAGCAGUAGGUAUACAUUGUAAGAAAACAGUUCUGUAAAUCUAGGGUUAAUUAUAUUAAUUGCAAUGUUGGUCUUUAAUGUCAGGCUUUUUGUAGGGUAGAAAAAAACCUUUCUACUCAGCAAGAUAUUAAUCCAAAAUUUAAGAACAAAUACAUCUGUCAGGAUUUCCUGGGGCUAUUAUGAGUACUGUCUAUGUAACAUAUUUAGUAAAUAUUUAAGACUUAGUAAGUGCUUAAUAAAUGGUAGCUGUUA